UUGUCACUUGUUCGUUGUUGCAUUUUCAAUAAUUUUAGUUUCACUCGGUCGGUUUUGUGGCUCGCUUGUCGUGCAGCGUGUAUCGAUCGCUUGUUUUUAGGUUAUUUCGCCGGCGUAUAGUUAAUAGUUAUUUAAAAAAAUAUAUCUGCCUAGAAAAAUAUUAUACUGAAGUGAUUAUUAUAUAAAAGAUGGCUGAUCAAGGAUUUCUGAAACAAAAGCCUGGCUUUGCCACAAUAGCGAUCCAUGUUGGCCAAGAUCCAGACAAAUGGAACUCAGCUGCCGUUGUCCCUCCCAUAGUCACCUCAACUACAUUCAAACAGCCCGCACCUGCCGAACACACAGGUUUUGAAUAUGGCAGAUCUGGUAACCCAACAAGGAACACACUAGAGGAAUGCCUAGCGGCGCUCGACGGUGGUAAAUAUGGGCUGACAUUUGCAUCCGGUUUGGGAGCCACUACGAGCAUAGUCGGCUUACUUAGUAAAGGAGAUCACAUCAUAUCCACAGAUGAUGUGUACGGUGGCACCAAUAGAUUGUUCAGACAAGUUGUAGAAAGAUUCGGAAUAGAAAUAUCGUUCCUUGAUUUUACUAAACCAGAACUGAUCGACAAAUCUAUUCGAAAAACCACAAAGAUGAUAUGGAUAGAAACGCCAACAAAUCCAAACUUGAAAGUCGCGGACAUCGCUGAAAUAUCCAAGAAAGUGAAAAGUCACAACAAAGACAUAAUGGUGGUGGUAGACAACACGUUCCUAACCUCGUACCUGCAGAGACCGUUGGAGCAUGGCGCUGACAUGGUCGUGUAUUCCUUAACUAAGUACAUGAACGGACAUUCCGAUGUUAUUAUGGGAGCUGCUAUUCUAAAUGAUAGUGAAAUUGAGAAGAAACUUCGCUUCCUGCAAAACGCAAUGGGUAUAGUUCCGUCACCAAUCGACUGCUACUUGGUGAACAGAAGUUUGAAGACUUUGGCCCUGAGGAUGGAGCAGCACAAGAAAUCAUCCUUGCUCGUAGCCGAGUGGCUGUUGAAACAGCCCAAGGUCGUUGAAAUAUACCACCCAGGUCUACCCUCACACCCGCAAUACGACAUAGCUUGCAAGCAGAUGAGCGGCCACUCGGGCGUGUUCAGCUUCAGACAUUCCGGCGGGCUGAAGGAGUCUAGAAAGUUCCUCAGCUCCCUCAAAGUGUUCACCCUGGCUGAAAGUCUGGGAGGGUAUGAGAGCUUAGCAGAAUUGCCGUCGGUGAUGACGCACGCGUCAGUUCCCGCCGCACAGAGGGAGGAGCUCGGCAUCACGGACUCCCUCCUCAGACUGUCGGUGGGGCUGGAGGACACUGAGGACCUCAUCGCUGAUCUGGACCAAGCGUUUGCUGCGGCUUUUCAAUAACGCGUUAAGGUCAUAAGGUCAUUUAAAGAACAGUGUGCCUAGUGGGAGUUUUCAAUAUUUCCAUACUGUCGCAUACAUCGCGUUAACGCGAAUUUAUAUGGUAUUGGAAAAUUUGCGCAGUAGUGGCGCUGUUUCAAUUGGCCUUAGAAAUUCGCGUUUACGUCAACGCGAUGGUCACAGUAUCAAACUGCCACUAAGCCAUCUGGUCGUACGACGAUUUGAAGUCAUAGAACACAUAUAAACGACUCGAAAGGGAUCAGCACUGUAUGUUAAUAUGAUCCGUCCAAUAAUCUUUGUAUGAAACUACCACACUCAGUGGCGGAUUUAGAAAUUUGCUACAAAUAGGCUGUCAAAUUUUGCCGCCCUACCAUUCCUUCUUACCAGAUAAGCUAGUUCGUAUUAAUAUUAAUUAAUUACAUUUAUUCUUUUUGUAUAAUAUUUUGGUACUGCACAGUACGUCCAGUAGGACUAAAAUUUAAAGUUAUCCUUAAAUUUUCAAGACUCAUGUUGUCAUGUAAUGAUGUCAUUAUGUUUUUAAUUUUUUUUUGUAAGAUAUUUUUGGGUCAAAUCUGCAACCCUAUGCUCAAGCCUACUUAGCUUACUACCAAUCCGCCACUGACCACACAACGCACGCUAACAUCCCUCACCUCUACGUCCAUCCCUUCUACCUCAUCUAGCCAUAGCCGAGUCGACGCCUGCAGGCUUUGUCGUAUGUUAGUUGUAAUAUACGAAAUUGAGAUUCUAUAUGUAACAAAUAUCAUCCGAUGCACUGACAACCCUUCCUGGAUACAGUAGAAUAGGAUAGAUGACAUUUCUCAGUUGAUUUGAUAUAUUUUAAUAAGUUGUUAAUAAAGACCAAAUUAGUGAAUAGGCCAGCUGGUUGUCGCGAGGCGAUACUAUUACAAUCCCUUUCCGCGUUGAUAUGUGUAUUGUGACCCUUGUGAAAGGAUAUAUGCAAAGACAGAAAUAAGACACACUGUCUUUUGCGCAUAUCCCUUCCCUGCGGCGUACGUUUACGUAAUCCACUAGAAAAUACUAUAGUUAUUAAUUUUUGUAUUGUUCAGUCCAUAGCAUUUUGGGUUAGGUGUGUUAAUGUUGCAGAUUUAAGAGUGUCGACCACAGACUUAUAUUUAAUAGACCGAACCCUUAAGAAAGUUUAAAGCAAAUGAAGUAAUUCCAAUCCUUAUUCCUCACGCGUCAUUAAAAAAUAUCAAUUUGAUAAAACAAAACCUUUAUUAAAGAAAAAAAAAAGUAAAUAACUAGGUACGCGGUUAUAGAGAUAUUUUUCAUUGUUCAGAAUUAGUCAUGUCUAAAAAAGACUUGGCUAAUUAUGUAUGUAUAUUUUAUUUUAAAUACAAAAAUGCAGCGAAUAGGUGAAAUGUAUUAAUUAUGUUUAAAUUGAGACGUAAACGAUUAAAAACAUCAAGUAUCCCGUUCUAAAGUUAUUUUGGAGUGGGACAAAAUGAUUAAGGGUGGCUUCAAAGUUAUUUGAAUCAUCUAGCUAAAUAUAGCUUUGUGGUGUCGACUUUAGGUAAAAUAUAUAUUUAGAAGAAAUGUGCAUUUUUCUAACAUAGCGCGCUUGCUAAUAGUAUUGGUUAAGUAAGAAUGAAAUUUGAAAAUUUUGCGGGUUCCAAAUAAUUAUUACGUAAUAACAGUAUAAAAAAUAAGUAUUUUUUAUUUUAUACUGUUAACAGUAAAACGCUAACAUUCUCUCACGCUACCAUUUGAACUUUGCCUUACAAGCGACUAUGAAAAUAUAUAGCUACAAUAUGUUACGUAAUUAUAGUUAGCAAAUAUACUAUACUGUUGAAUUUGUACUGAUAUUCAAAUAUUAUUCUUGUUAAUAACCCUAAUGGCUCCUCUACACAAUCAUUUCCAGAUAAUGGACGCAAUCAAUCAUUGCUUAGCUGUUUCCGUAUAACCUAAAUUUUUUUGUUAAGCAUAAUACUUACUGAAUAUUAAUUAUUAUAUAACAAAAAAUUAUAGGAUAAACGGAAACAGCUAAGCAAUGAUUUAAAUAUUAAAAUACCUGAAAUUCCUUUAAUAUUUGUCCGAAAAACUGGCUCAGCGGCGAUUACGAUCAUGGGCAAAUAUAGACAACUAAGAUUUUUGCGAAUUUUGGGCACAUUUAGGCGAUGGUGUAGAGAUACCUUAAAGAGCCGCAUACGAUAAAUUCUGAUUAUAUGUGACUUAUAAAUAAUUGCCUUAUGGAAACCAAAAGCAAAUUUACAACUAUUUUUAAGCAUUGACUAGUUUAAUUACAAUUUAUGUGUUAUCGUUUGCAUUGAUCAUUUCGAAUUCCUUGAAAAAAAUAUAUUACUUAAGAGACUUAUGUCAUUUAUAGGAAUUUAAUAAUAUUUUAAUAUCACAUCCUCUUCGAAUAUUUAACAUUUAAACGUUUGUCUAAAUGAAUUUAUUAGUUAUAAUUAGUGGUGCUUGGUUUGUACACAAACCUCUAAAAUGACAGGUCGAAAAUUAAUUUCUUGUGAAAUAGGAUGCUUUUAUUAUUUUAUUUAUCUAGUCCAGAAGUAUACAUCACAUACCUUCAUAAUUUUUUUUUGUAAAUUAGUAAAUUUUCACAUUUUUCAGAGUAAUCAUAUUGAAAAUCUUUAAAAUUUUUUGGUUGUUUAAAGAUUUGUGAAAUAGUGAACCACCAUGGAUUGUAAGCACUGGCGGAUUUACAAAUUUGCCGCCAGUAGGCAAUUACCUAAAAUUGCGUGAAUAAAAUUGCAAGUUUUAAUAUUUUAGCAGGACUGUAAAGGGCGUACAGGACUAAAAUAUUAAAAUUAUCGUUACAUUUUCUUUAUUUAUGUAGAAGAGAAAGUUUCUUGGCUCAGUUGUGUGCAUAUUAAGAAAUUAAAUAUCACGUGUCUCAAACGGUGAAGGGUGACAUUUGUCUUUUUCUUAUCUCGAGAUAUUACGUGGUCUGCAUCUUAGAACUUUUGGUCAAAGAGAAUUAGUUUUGACUGUAACAUACUUGUAUUCACUGAGUACGUAACAAAAGACAAAACUAGUAGUUUUUUGUAGAUAAAUAUACAAUUUAAUAUAUCAACAAAUAUACUAAGUUUUAUAAUAAUUAAACUAUACUAUUCUUUAUUUUAUGUUUUUAAAUUUAAUUUUUUUUUUUUACAAAUAAUUUAUUAAGUUUUAUUGUAUACACUUGAACACAAUUGUUAAUGUUAAAAAUAAUGAAAUAGAUGUUCCUGUUCAUAUAGGUAUGCAAAAUCCAAUUUUAUUUUAACUGUCAAUAUUUGAGUAAAGUUGACAUUAGUUUUAUAUAAAAUUUUGUAUGUACUUUAAAUAACUUUUGAGUGCUCGUGAUAACCAGGGACUGAUUUAACAAAAGCUGAAAGUCCUGAUUUUAUGAAAGAUCACGCUCCUACCAGUGUUACCACAGGUAAGCUUUGGGAGUUAGAGGUUUAAAGGGUAUGUUUUGGGAGUCAAAACCUUCAACCGACCAAAUAAUAGGCGUAUUUUCCUCAGCAACGUGUAACAUUCCAGUCGAUGGUCAUUUAUGCUAGCCACUCACCAUCCAAUAAGUUCACGUGCCUGCAGCGCAAACGGCUUGACAUCGGAUAAAACUGAUCGUGUGUUGUGACCAACACAAAAUCACGAGCUUAUGAGUGGUUAGCUUUAGCUUCACUGCAGCCCUUCGUAAAAGACUGGUAAAAAAAAAAAUUUCAAGAGUCUUUAGCGAAGGGUUGCCACGAGGUAAGUGUCUACAGAAUCUAGUAGAAAAAUAAAAGUUUACGUUUUAUAUUGGACAAUUAAGUUUGGACCUUUAAAAUCUGCUACCUCUCAAAGCCACCUUUGCCAUACCGUAGCGUACCAUAGGUAGGUAUGGUAUGGUGGGUAACUUUCAGCUUUUAUUAAAUGACACAGUUCUGGGCACCACUGGCUCUCAAUCUUUAUUACCCGAUUGUGUCAGAAGGAAAUAUUUACUGCAAUUAUCGUAAAAAGAUGUCACUAUUUUGUACUACAAGGUAGUGUUGAAUAUUUUCAGUUAAAGUUGUGACGUCAGUUAUCUUACAAUAUUGUUAGCUAAUUUUUCAAUGAUUUCAAUAAUUAUUAAUUUUAAAUCAUAAUUGUAUAAUAUGGAAAUAGUUUAUUACGAUGGUUUGGUCUGUGGUGUUGCGAAAUCUCAAAAUCUACUAUGUUUUUUUUUAAUAAUUUAUAACGGCAAUAAAAUGUUUAUUACGAAAAAAA